AUGAUGUGGUGUGGAAAUGCAAGUGGAGUGGUGUUGGUGCCAUCAUGCUUUUGGUCUUGUUGGAAAUGGAAUCUCCACCCUAGAGCGGAACUCGUUUGGCGGAACCGCAAUCACCGUCACAGUGUGAAGUUGUUUUCUCAAAAAACGGAUUUCGAUCCCGACCUGCGCUCCGCGCUUGAACUUGCUACUCACUCUGAGUUAUGUGAAAUUCAAACUAUCCUUUUCGGCCCAAGUUACUUGAGUCCUUUGCUCAAAUCCAUCACAUCAACAACUCCAACAACAACAACUACCCUCCACGAACAAGACAUUCAACUCCGCCAACACUUUAUAUCCACUCUCGAGUCCCGAUUUUUCUACUUAGCUGCCGAUGCACGCUCAACGCUAAGGGGUUCCAGACCAACUUACAGAAAUGUCUUGCUUCAACUAAGGAAUAAAUUCAAUAUUCCUUGCUCAACCAAACUCUCUACUCACGACAUUGAACUAGAAAUUUUCCUCCACCUUUUACACUACAACUCUAAUGAAGAAUCAGAAAACCAUACAGCCUUAUUGGAUGCUCCGGGAACUCUACAGCUUGGACUCAAUCAAUGGAAAAUGCACUCAAAAGUUGGAACACAAGACUUUCAAUCUCUUCUUUUCAAGGGAGGUAGUAUACUUACAUUGGCAAAGAUCUAUCAAUUGUUGGCGAGGAAGUUAUCUGGAAAAAUGAUUGGAGAAGCUGCUAAUUACCAGGUUAAGAAAGAGUUAUUGAAGAAGGGUGGACAAUUAGCUUUGAUCAAUUUAGAAUCCAGAACCGCUUUGCUUGCAGCAAAACAGGGCUUUCUUGGUGCUGCAUCAAGAUAUCUUGGUUUUAGAAGCAUGCUCUCAUUACUUGGACCUGUGCUUUGGGGAACAUUUCUGGCUGAUCUGGUUAUUCAAAUGCUGGGAACAGAUUAUGCUAGAAUCUUGCGAACAAUUUAUGCUUUAGCUCAGAUUCGUGUCAUCCGCACAUAUAAGCUGCCUUCUGAUAUUGCUGAGGAAUAG